AUGCGUGGUUGCAUUCAUAAUGAUCCCUGCCCUACAUAUACUAGUUGUGUUGGAGGAGUUGAUGAGUAUAGUUGCACUAAUUGUGCUAGUGGCUUUACUGUUGAUACUGAUAAUAAAUGCAUUGAAAUUAAUCUCUCCUCCCCAUCAUUCUCAUCCACUAUACUCAGCACUCUCUCCCUCUCGAGGCUCCUCCCCUCAGACACGCCCAUCCUAACGAUAUCAGCCACCGACCCUGAUCCUUCUAACACUGGUCACGUGACCUAUCACAUGACCCGAUCUCCCCAUGCAUUGCCUCCUAAUACUUCAGACGGUGUUACUAUUUUUAGUAUCAACAAUGAGACUGGCGUCAUUACUUCAUUGAAACCACUAUUCUUUCAACCCUUCAGUACUUACCUGUUGCAUAUAGUAGCUAGGGACGGGGGACUUUCCCCUAAAAGUACAUCCCACAUGAUAGUUGUUACCAUAACAGAUGUACCCCUUCCCUCUCCAGUUUUAACCUCCCCAGGGGUAACGUUGACAAUUAGUGAAAAUAAACCCCCUGGGGCCGAAAUUGCUAAUAUUAACUGUACAGAGAUCAACACGAUCGGUAGUGAAUUUACAGAGUUAAGUAUAGCCAUUCUUCAUGGUAAUACUAAUGAUACAUUCUCAAUUAAUGGCUCUAGACUGGUGACUGCUGUACCCAUUGACUUUGAAGAAGUUCAAUCUUUUUCACUUAAUAUCUCAUGCACCAAUUCCUUCAGUGCUACAGUUACGCUACUAGAAACAGUCAUAGUCCUCAACCUCAAUGAUAAUCCUUUCUUAUUCUCUUCUCCUUCAUAUUCUGUCUCAGCCUAUGAGAACGUUACCAAUGGGUAUGAGCUGCUGACCGUGGUCGCCUCUGAUGCAGACCAAGUUGGUGCUACGGUUCGUUAUAAUGUCACUGAUCCUAACUUGUAUGGCGGUCUAUUUAAGAUUGAUUAUUACACAGGAGUGGUUAGUGCAUCAAGUGUGUCAUCAAUGCCAUUUGAUAGAGAGUCAAGGGAUAAUUACACUUUCAAUGUAACUGCUAGGAUUUAUCAUGAUAACGAUAGUUUUAUUGAAUCAACUCAAGCAACGAUCAAUGUCUUGAUACUCGACGUUAAUGAUUUCACUCCGCUGUUCACGAAAUCGCUCUACGCAUCAAAUAAUUUAUCACAGGUUAACGCUUUUCCUGAUACGGCGUUAUUUGUAUCAGCAUUUGAUCGUGAUCUCUUGCAGAAUGGUCAAAUCACAUACUCUAUACAAUCCAACCCUCACUUUGAUAUUAACUUUAUUACGGGUGAGGUGUAUGUGAAAACAGCUAACAUAUCUAAAGGCAACUACGUCCUACAAGUGAAUGCAACUGAUAAUGGAACUACCCCACUCAUUGGUUCUACUCUUAUUGAUAUCUUUGUGAGAGCUAGCCCAGAAGAAUUAUUCUUUAACCACCAGCGAUAUCAUUUUAACGUUUAUGAAGAUGAAGGCCCAGGAUCAACUUUUGGGCACGUUAAGGCAACUUUAUACGAUAUAUUUAACGUGUCAAUAGAAGAAGGGAGUGCAGCAGAAUCUAUUGAAUAUAGAAUAUUAGGUAAUGAUCCUUUUUACGUCACAGCUGCUGGUAAUGUUAUAACUACAGCUGGUCUAGAUUAUGAAACUGAAUCACAAUAUUACUUAACUGUUACUGCCACUCUGGUUGAUUUCUCUUCCAUUGCAGCCACAACAGCAACCAUCAGUGUCUCCCUAAUAGAUGUAAAUGAUCACCAUCCUAAAUUUCAGCCUUCAUCCUAUUCUGUUGUUAUAUUUGAAGAUGUAGAGCCUGGGGCUGAUAUAAUACAAGUCUAUGCUUCUGAUGCUGAUCAAAAUGGCCUCCAAUCUCUUUCAUACUCCAUUCAAGAAGAAGGCCCUGAUGAUAUUCCAUUCUCCAUUAAUCCCAGCACUGGUAUUAUCAGUCUAGACUCUACAUUGUCUACGGCACAAGGCUACCACUUUGUUGUUAUAGCUACAGACACAGGUCUGUCACCAGCCUUACAGUCAACAGCUACAGUACAUGUAUCUGUAUCUAGGAGACAAGCAGUUAAACCAGUCCUUAACAGUACACUGUACAUAUUUACAUUACCAGAGACACUGUCUACUAAUGUACCGUACACUAUAGGUACAGUAGGCGGUAUUAUUGAAGGAAACAGGUCUAUAUCUACUGAUACUGAUGGAGUAGCUUAUAGAUUGAAAGAACCAUCUUUCACUCCUCCUGUUAGUACACCGUUUACUAUUGAUGCUUAUACUGGUGAUGUUAACGUUUCUCUAACGUAUGAUUUUGAUCACGAAUCACAGGAUCAGUUUAUAUUAUAUGUUGAGUUAUACAGCACUGCUGAUAAUGAGACGAUUUAUGAUACAUCGCCGAUUAUCGUUAACUUGAUUGACGAGAAUGAUCACUCGCCAAUUUUUACAUCAGCUCCAAAUCAAGUUGUGAUACCAUUGACCACACCUCCUGAUACACCUAUUCUCACAGUUACGGCAACUGAUGAAGACUCUGAAUCUAAUGGUGGUAUUCUGUAUUACCUUGACUCCGCCCAGUUGGGUUUUCAUGUGGAUAGACACACUGGAGUAAUCACGACUACAAACUCUACUCUAAGAUCAGGUGACUAUCACAUGACAGUGACUGCCAGUGACAGAGGCAGUCCGCCUAAAGACAACUCUAUAAAUAUUACAGUGUCUGUUCUCCAAAGCAUCUCUCCAUUUAUCAUCUUUACGGAGGACUUCUAUUCCUUUUCAAUCCCAGAACAUUCACUGCCUCCAUUACCAGUCGGAACUGUUACAAUUAAUGAAGUCAUUAAUCAAACGUUUGGUACUAACGAUAUCUCGUUCUCAUUCCGCUCGCCUCAUUCCUGUUUCAAUAUAAACUCAAGUACAGGAUCUAUUACCCUAACUUGUUCUAUUGACGGAGAAUUAACUUCAUUCCAUGAUUUGGUAAUUGUUGCAACAGCCCCCAAUGGUUUAAUGGCAGAAGUAAGAGCACGUGUUAAUAUCAGUGAUAUUAAUGAUCACCCUCCAUCUUUUGAUAAAGACACAUACACUGUGGUUAUUUAUACUAAUUAUAACGAUACUAGCGUGAUACUAACACCGUUAGUGAGUGAUCCUGAUCAAGGGAUGAAUGGAAUCAGUAGAUUUAGCAUUGUUGAUUCUAGUAUCAGUAAUCUCAUUGAUAUCGAUCUUAAUUCUGGUCAGAUAUCACUGAUUUCAAUCAACGGAUCACUACCACAAGGCGACUAUAGAUUCACCAUUAAAGCAAGUGAUUCCUUAAACUCAGCACUGAGCAGUACAGCUGUGGUUUUACUUAGCAUCAUAGAACCUUCUCCUAAGAUACUAGAGUUUGCACAUUCUUCUCUCAUAUUUUCAGUACCAGAAAACAGUCCAGCCGGAACUGUGAUUGGUGUGCUAGAGCUAAUAACUCCACAUUCACUUGAUCCUAGUGAAUACUUGGGGAAUCUACAGUUUGAGAUAUUAAGUGGUGAUAAUAUUGAUUACUUUCAUAUCGUUGAUUCUAAUGCGACGCUGAUCCUCGUCAACGAUCUCCUUGAUCGAGAAGAAAUGGAAUCACACGUUAUAUUAGUCCGUGCUUCAUUUAUCGACUAUAAAGUAUCUACUAGUUCAUUCAUUACCGUAUCAGUGAGUGAUGUCAAUGAUAAUAAUCCUGUCUUUAAUCAAACAGUGUAUGCAGCUACAAUAGAAACAAUGUCUCCAAUAGGAUCCCAUAUUAUUACUGUACAUGCUAAUGAUGAUGAUACUGGUUUAAAUGCAUUGGUAACCUACUCUCUAUUCAAUACAACUGGCUAUUUCAAUGUUAGUUCCACUACUGGUGUAGUUUCUACUCUCUCUUCUUCUAUACCUGAAGACCAUUACAAGCUGAUUGUGGUUGGAACUGAUUCUGGUACCAAUAGUUUAAGUUCUACUAGCAUUGUAUCAGUCAUCGUGGAGACCCCAUUGCCUGAUUCCAUAUCAUUUCAAAGUUCAAGCUAUUCAUUUAGUUUUGAUGAGAAUACACCAGCAGGCCAUUACUUAGGAAAAAUGGCUAUUACCCAAGUCUCUUCUGCUUUGAAUGGAUUAUUAUACACUUUCAUAGAACCCUCAGACUCUGCCUUAGCUGCUAAUCUAGCUGACUUUCAUCUUGAUCCUCUAACUGGUAAUCUAUCUACACUAUCCCUCAUUGAUAGGGAAUUUUUCUCUGGUGGACAGUUCAUAGUAAAAGCUUAUCUACCAUCAGUGCAAAGCCUUUCUGCAACAGCUACAGUUACUAUUACAGUUAACGAUGAGAAUGAUAAUACUCCGUUAUUUGAUGAAGGACUGUAUACUAAAACAGUAACUCAAGGUAGUAUUAGUAAUCCUUUAUUAACAGCCUCUGCUGAAGAUGCUGAUACUGGGCCCAAUGCACAAAUACAAUAUUUCAUUACCGGGUCCGAUUUUACAAUAGACUCCGGUGGUGUAGUAAGGGCUAGUGAUACUAGCAUGGAUAGUGGUAUUUAUACUGCUACCAUUACUGCUAAAGAUGGAGGGAGUCCUUCUUUAACAGGAUCAGCUACUUUACUGGUCACUGUAUAUGCUUCUCUACCUAGUGGGAUCGGAUUUACAAAAUCAGCAUACUCAGUGCAAAGGAAUGAAAGCAUUAGCACUGGUACUGAAUGUGGAUCAGUUUCAUUAAAACCAAUAGACAUGGAUCAUGUUAGUUAUAUACAGUACACCAUUACUGGUACUAGUAAUUUUGUUGUUAUUAAAAGACCGAAUGAAAGCCAGCUUCAAGCAUGGAUACACAGCUCAAGCACUUUUGAUUACGAGACUACAACAUCUCAUUCUUUCACUGUAACUGCUUCUCUUACCUUUACUAAUACCAGCAUAUCCAGUGCCACUACUGAUACUUCUUAUACUGUCCAUAUCACCGAUGUCAAUGAUAAUAUACCAGUGUUUCAAGGCUUGCUAGUGGACCAUGGAUAUUACGAGGGAAGUGUGACAGAGAACUCUGGAAGUGACGUCAUUGUUUGCAAUGAUGUUUCUGCUUCUGAUCAAGAUGGAGCUGCCAUUAAUCGUCAAAUUACUUAUUCUCUUCAAAAUACUUUUAAUAAUCGUUUUAAAAUUGAUUCUUCAAGUGGGUUGAUUCGUACUGGUUCUACUAAAAUUGAUCGCGAAACUAACGCCCAGUUUGUGCUCAUUGUGGUAGCAACUGAUGGUGGAACUCCGCCACUUUCGUCCACAGCUCAAGUAUUAGUGACAAUCAGUGAUGAGAAUGAUAAUGAUCCAGUCCUUCAGUCCAAUAAUGGUUUUAAUUAUUAUUUUAAUGAAGAACAAAAAAGUGGUGUAACAUUAUUCACGGUAUCAGCUGUAGACAUUGACUCAAGCUCAGAACUCACAUACAGUAUAGUAGGAAGUAGUAAUAAAUUCAAUAUUAAUUCAAAUGGGCAGGUGAGCUCCACUGAACAGCUUGAUUCAGACUCUGGCCCAUCGCAGUACAUUAUAAGAGUACGUGUUUCAGAUGGUCAGAGAAGCGAUGAAGCUGAUUUAACUCUUCAUUUGAUUAAUGUUCCCAAUGACAACAGACCUCAGUUUCUUAAUUUCCCUGACUCUAUAAGAGUAAAGCCAAACCCUGACUCCAAUGAUAUAGCAUAUUUCCAUGCUAUUGAUAUUGAUAAUGAUGGCCUAAGUUUUUCUAUAGAAGGUGGUCAGUAUAUUAACUUAUUUCAUAUGAAUUCUAAUACUGGUUUGUUAAGUAAGGACACCCCAGGUUCUUUACCUGCUGGUGAAGAUAUCAGUGCCAAUGUGGUGGUCACUGACGAUAGUCCUUAUACUUUAUCAACGACACAAACUUGCAUACUAGUGGUACUAAAAGAGCUCCAUUUUGUGCAGGAGAUAUAUAGUUUUGAAGUACCAGAGAAUACUAGUGAAAACAGUAUGAUUGCUUACCUUGAAAUAUCAACUUCAUUGCUGCCAACUUUUAGCUUCACUGCUAAUAAUCAAUACUUCUCAUUAGAGGCUCAAACAGGUCGUGUUAAUAUUUUAUUAGCAAAGGGGCUUGAUUAUGAAGAUCGACUUCACAGGACUCUGUCAUUUUCUGUUGUAGCUUCAUUGACUGGCCAUGUAAAUAGUACAACUACAGUUACAGUCUUUGUAACAGAUGUGAAUGAUAAUCCACCAAUCUUCACUGGCGCAUCAACGCUCACUGCCAGCAUUGAUGCAUCAGUGAUUGGGACAAUAAAUGCAACUGAUGCAGACUCCCCUGGCAAUAACUCGCGCGUUACCUACAGAUUAUCAACAAAUGAUGAUUUUAUCAUUGAUCCUGACACUGGCGUAUUACGAAGAUCAAGACCAUUAGAAAUUGGAGUUAAGCAAGUUACUGUUUAUGCUGCAGACAGUGGAUCACCUCCAAUGUUCUCCAGUAGAGAAUACACAGUUCAUAUUGAGGGAGUCUCUCCUGGGGGAGGCGGAGGGGCAGUAGCUUCUUAUGCUGUAGUUGGAAUAAUGAGUGUUUUUUUGAUAAUAUUAAUAAUAGCUGUACUUAUAUUGGGAGUAUCUCUGUAUAGGAAAAAAAGGGAGAGAGUCAAAAAUGAUCGUGAUCCAUAUUUGGAUAAAGAUAAUGACAAUUGGGAGCUUGGUGUACCAAAUAAAACUGACAAUAGAAAUAGCAAUAAAAAGGGAAAGGACUUUGAAAUGAAAGGCAAAACUAUGGAUGAAUCUCAAAUUGAUACGAGUGCUUACGAAACAAUGUUUGGUGAUGAUUUCUUGGAUCCGAAAUCACUACCAUGGUCUGACCCAAGAUACAGGGAUAAGGAAUCAGAAACUGAAUUUCCAGCGACAGAAGAUGAAGCAUCAGAUAUCAUCAACACGAGUCUAUCAACAGACAACAGAGCCUCCAUGACUGAACUGAUUCAAGCUGAGAGGAGGCUCAGUAAAGCCGGGAGUCAAAAGGAUACACCUGCUGGGCCGAUAUCGAGACGUGGGCGGAGACUGUCUGAGGAAGGAGGAGGUUCUGGCAGUGACCUUGACACUGAGGGAUAUCUUAAGGAAUAUCAAGACACCAAUAUAAUGAAAGCAGGUGAGCACCCCAGUGAAUAUGACAUAUUCUUAAAACCAGAUCCUACUGCUAAACCAGGUAGACCAUCACUGAGGAAUGCCCUGUGGCCCCACAGCAGCAAUCAACCUUCCAUUCCUCCUUUCUUAAGAGAUAGCUCUGGCACACGAUUAUAAUACACUUCAAUGCAUUACUGUUACUCACAAAAUAACUGAAUAUACUUUUACAUACAUUAUACAUAUUUUAUUCCAUUUCCUUGUCUAUUAUUGUCCAUUUUUGUAUUUUACUUUUAUAUAGCUACA